UGGAUCACAACAGCACCUUCACUCUCCUGAAGAGACUCGCUGAAGCAGAUAAGCUGAGACCAGACCUACGAAGAAACAGAGACAUGGCCUCUCGAGUUGCAGCUCUGAUCUUGCUGGGUGUCAUCUGCCUGGGGCUUGCAGCAGCUGAGAUGCCGGUGGACUGCUGUCUGAGGGUUAGUGACAAACGUUUGCGUGCUACCAACCUUGUGAGCUACAUUAUUCAGGAGGAAGGGAAGGGCUGCGCCAUCAGUGCUACUGUGUUCUUAACAAAGACGGGCAAAACACUGUGUGUGGUCCCUGCCAAAGACUAUCCAUGGGUGCAACGCACCAUUGCUAUUUUGAACGCCAAAGCAAAAGCACAGUAAACAAGCUGUUUAGAGAAGAUGGGGAGAAGGCGGCUGAAGUCUGAACAUUUCAGAUUAAACCUGUGACCAAUCAUCAUAUUUAUAAUGAUUUUCUGUUUGCUCUGACCUGAAAGUGGCUUCAGAAGUUCUGUUUCUUUUCAUUUAUGGUGUUUGUUGGGGAAUUUUGGUUGAAAGGAAAAAAAUAAAGCUCAGUGACAUCAGCUGUAGAAAGCUUGUUUGAUCCUCCUGUUUGAGUGAAAUGUAUCUGCGAAGGCUGAAACUGACUGUUUUAGUUUCAUCAAAGUACUGUAUGCUGCUUAGGAAAAGAAAAUUGUUGCUGUUUUCUUGCCAAGAAAUUGUGAUGAGAUUGUUUAAAAGCUAAUGUUGAGUCAAAAAUAAAAUUAUAUAUGAUUUUGUAAA